UCUAUAUUAUCGAUGACUAUAGGGAAUAGCUGGUACCUCCUUAUUAUGGUCUUUUACAUUGCGAGUAUAUGAUUAUUGUGAGGUUUUUGUUCUCCCUAUCAAUUAUGGAAGAAUCUAAUUCCAAAAUAAAAUGCCUUCCAGCCAUCAAUUUUGUGCAAAAAAUCGGAAUUUAUGAAUCUAAAAAUGUAAUUUUAUACUUAAUACUUAACUUUUGUACAUUUACAGUUCAUUAUUUUUUAAUAAUCAAAAUUAUUUGUAGAGAUAUUUUGUUGUUGGUUCCAAUAAUGCUCGUACCAAGUAUCGAAUUCUUAAAAUUGAUAGAACAGAAGGCCAUGAAUUGACUAUUAUAGAUGAUCAAGUUGAAUAUACGGAACAAGAUAUGAUACAAUGUUUGAGUCUCGGAUUACACAGAAAUACCGGUUUGAAUAAAAUAGCAUCAGCAUUUGGCAUUGUUGGUAAAACCAGAAGAUUCUCUACAUUUUAAAUCUCAAAAUUAUGUUAUUUGUAUGUGUUUCAUAAUUUAUAUUAUUAUUUUUGUUAAGGAUUUGUAAGAUUACUUGAAGGAUAUUACAUGAUUUUAAUAACAAAACGACGCCGUGUUGCAGUUAUAGGAUGUGAAAUUAUUUAUAAAAUAGAAGAUACGUUGAUGAUAUAUUUACCUAAUGAUGCAUAUCGAAUUCCAAAUGCUAAUGAACCACGUUACUUAAAAAUUUUUCAAAGUGUAGAUUUAUCAAGUAAUUUUUACUUUAGGUAAAUUAAAUUUACAUCAUUAAAUCUUAAUCUCAUCUGUUGAACAUAUAAUUAUUUCUAAUUUGUAUUAAUAUUAUUUUUAGUUACAGUUAUGAUGUUACUCAUACUCUACAGGUUAAUAUGUCUAUUUCACAAAAUAUUCCAAAUGGUUAGUUCUACUUAGUUCGUAUAUUAUUUUAUUGUUUAAAAAAUACAAGUUUUGUUUUGAUUUUACCAUUAUUAAUAUUGCUAUAAAUGUUUUAUUAACUUCCUGUUAUACUAAAAGUCUCAGUAAAUAUUUCAAGUUUAUGGGGCACCCUAAAUUUUGAGCUUCUUUAUUUAAACAUUUAAACACUGAAAACAAUAGUGCAAACAAAAAAAUUAGUAUAAACCUUGGUUCAAACAUUUUCGAAUUCUAUGUCUUAAAACACAUAUUGAAAAAAAAAAACAACUUGCAUCAAAAAUUAAAAAUGUUUCAAGUAUUUUGUAUUAUAUGUUUAUUAUAAUAAAAACAGAAUAAUAAUUUGAAUACGUAGUUAAAAUCUAAAUUAUUUGUAUUGUCAACUUUAGAAUUUAUAAUACCUAUUGGUAUUAUUAAGACUUAAGAGGACGUUAUACCCGCAUCUACGGUCUCAGUUCAAUUACUGGGUAACAUGCAAAAACAAUGUUUGCGCAGAAUAAGUAAAACUAGCUUGAUUUUAAUUUAAGUGUAAAAGUACCUAUUAUGAAAUUUAUAGAGACCAAUAUUUUGGAUGGAAUGUCAUAGGGAUUUUAUAUUAUUCAAAAUAUACAGCUCAAUAUAAAGAUAAAAACUCUUUUUUAUUUCUUUUUCAAAUAACUAACUUUUUUUAACAAUUCAUAUUUUAAAAAUCGUCUGUAACAUUCCAUCCAAUAUAUUGUUCUCUAAAAAUUUCAUAAUAGAUACUUUUAUUCUAAAAUCAAAAUUAAGCUAAUUUAACUUAUUUUGCAAAAGCAUUGUUUUUGCAUGUUACUUGGUAGUUAGACUGAGAUGGUAGAUGCAGGUUUAACAUUUUCUUAAUAACUAAAAUUUUUUUUUUUUUUUUCAAGAAGUUAAACAUUUUAGCAAUAUUUAAUUUUUUAAUUUUUAUCAUGAAAACAAAGUAAAGUAUUUAAUUAUAAUUUCUAAUAUUAAUAUUUUUAGAUUUUUCUAAUCGAGAACAUGUAUUAGUGACUCGAAGUUGCCCUAACAAACUAUUUAUUUGGAAUCACUAUUUGCUUAAAGAUGUGCGUAGUAAAUUACAUCCAGACUGGAUUUUAAAUAUAAUGCAUGGCUUUAUUAGUCAAUCAAAUGUUUCCAUAUUUGGACGUCCCAUUUAUAUUACACUGAUUGCUCGAAGAUCAAAUAGAUAUGCUGGUACAAGAUUUUUGAAAAGAGGAGCUAAUAAAAAUGUAAAUAACUACUUUCAAUACUUAUUCACUACUACAGUAGUACACCCUUAUGAUUAUUACUGAAUAAGUUGAAUCUUAAGUUUAAUUAACCACGUUUUUUGUUAUUCAUUUUUAUGCAUAUUGACUUUUAAAACUAAUAUCUCACAAAAGGUUACUUGCUUUUACAUUUAUUUUAACACUGUAUUUAUUUUUGCUUUUUAAAUAUAACCAUAGAAAUCAUAUUUAAUAUUGAACUAUUAGAAAAUAUAUAUAUUUUGGAAAUUUUAUUUAGGAAACAAUUGUUAAUAUUUAAAAUAACAAUUAAUAAGUUCUUAAACUAUACAACUUAUAUAGUUAGUUUAAAAUAAAUAAUAUAAAUUUUUCUAUUUCUAUUGUAUAUGUUUUUAAAAAUUUCAAUUAAAAACAAUUAGUAGUUGAUUUAUCUACAUCAACAUUUUUAAGACAUCUGUUUGAAAAUGUAAUUAAAAUGUUUUAUUUUUAAAUUAGAAGUCAAUAUUUGUAAGAGAGUGAUCAAAUUUUAUUUUAAAAACUUUAAUAAAAUGUAUUUAUAAUUGUUGAACAUAUAGUGUUUUUUGUUCAAUAAUAAUUGUGAUUGUAAUCACAUUUAGCAUAAUACUGUGGACACCUUUAUAAGACCCGAGGAUAUAAGGUUCAAGUUGCUUAUAAAUUAUAAUACUCAAAAUCUCUUGAAACAGCCUGAAUAUACUCAAAAAUAAAAAUAAUCAGCUAUAAAACUCAAAUUUUGUAAAAAAAAUAGUAGUAAUUGUACAUUUCGAAAUUUUGAAAUAAAUUAGAUUUGAAGUUAUUUAUGUUGUAAUGGUUUCAAUUCAUAUCUUGUCACACUUCAUGUUUAUCACAAUUACAAUUAUUGUUAUUGUAAUAUAAGAUAUAAAUACACUUCUAAUUAAUUGGCCCGGUUAUUACAUUUCACAUUUACGUAAUUUAUAUUGUUGUAGUUGUAGUAAAAUUAGUCGACCUUCAAUACCACAUCAUCAUUUUAACAAAUAACAAUUUAUUUUAUUAAUAGUAUAUAUUUAUAAUAUAUAAUAUGCAAAACUAUAAUAUGUGAAAUGAAAUUAACAGAAUAAAUUUAUUUCGCCACUAUGCCUAUAAGUUUAGGAUACGUUAUGAGACUCACUGGUCCCAAGUGAAUCUUAUACACCCACUUUAAUAAUAAAUAAUAAUAUAUAUAUAUUUUCUUAGGGUGAGGUUGGAAAUGAAGUUGAAACUGAACAAAUUGUUCAAGAUCUUGGAGCAAGUUGUCAAAAUUAUAUGUAUAUAAGUUCAUUUCUUCAAAUGAGAGGUUCAGUUCCGGGAUUAUGGAGUCAAGAUAUGAGUAAAAUGGUGCCCAAACCCACAAUAUCAUUUGAAUUACCUGAUCCAUUUCAUGAAAUAUCUGGUUAGUGGCUUUCAAUAAUUGAGACAUAUUUUUUCAGGUCUAAUUAUGAUGUAUUAUGUAAACAAUUUUUUCAAGGUGCUCAUUUUAAUAACUUAUAUAAAAGAUAUGGGUCACCAACAGUUAUAAUAAAUUUAGUGAAAAAACGUGAAAGAAAGGUACAUGAAUCACAAUUAAGUGAUCAUUUAGCAUCAGCUGUAAAAUAUUUGAAUAAGUUUCUACCACCUUGUCAUCACAUUCAAUACAUACACUUUGAUAUGGCUAGAAUGAAUAAAAGGUUUAUUUUUAUUAAAGGUUUAUUUUUAGUUUUUAUUUUUUCUAAGAAUUUUUCCAUUUUAUUAGUAAGAAUGUAAAUGUUAUGAGACGUCUUGAUGAAAUUGCUCGUAUGGCAAUUUUUAAAACAGGCAUGUAUAUUGAUUGUCCGCGCAUUGUUCAAAGACCGACUUUUGGGCAAUUUAAAAAUGGUAUCAUACAUCAAAAUGGUAUUAUCCGAGUAAAUUGUGUUGAUUGCUUAGAUCGUACUAAUACUGCUCAAUUCGCUAUUGGAAAAUGUGCAUUAGCUUAUCAAGUAUGAAUUUAUUUUAUAUAUAGGUACAACUCUUCUUAGAAGAGUUAACUUAUAAAUUAUUUAUCUAUAUUACUUGUUUUACAGCUAUAUUAUUUAGGUUUAUUAAACACACCAUCUUUAGAAUAUGAUACUGACUGUGUUCGAUUAUUGGAAGUAUCUUAUGAAGACCACGGGGAUACUUUAGCUUUGCAAUAUGGAGGAUCUCAAUUAAUUCACCGUAUAAAAACUUACCGGAAAACUGCCCCUUGGACGUCACAAGGCAAUGAUAUUAUGCAAACAUUGAGUCGUUAUUACAGCAACACAUUUUCAGGUUAACAACAUUGCCAAAUAUUAUAACUGUACUAAAAAAGUAGUGCUACUAUUUUGAUUUUAUGUAGAUACUGAAAAACAAAAUGCCAUAAAUUUGUUUUUGGGUCUAUUUGUUCCAAAUGAAAAUGAGCCUGCCAUUUGGGAGCAAAACUUUGAUUACUAUUUGCAUCAUUUGGAAGCAACUACUUUUCUUUCUAAUAACCAGUUAGUAGAAAACAAAUUGUUAUAAUUUUCUGAACAUUAUAAUACAUUUUGGACAUUUAUAUUAAUUUCAUUAAUAAAAUUGAUUAAUUAAUUGAAUUUUUUUUUAGAAUUUCAUUGACAAAGUGGUGGGAUGAUUGUGUUAUGGAGUGUUUACCUUUAUCUUAUAUGGAAUGCAAAAAGGAAUAUUUAGAAAUAUAUCCAGCCAGUAAAUUACAUAGUGAUAGCUAUGAUAGUUUUUCUAAUUUUUAUAAAGUAGAUGAGUUCAGUGUAAUGUCUGAAACUUAUCCUUUUGAAAUUAGUCAUUCUGUAAAGUAUGUUCUUCAAUAGUUGUAAUUACAUAUUUAUAUAAAGUGAAUUUGUUUUUAUUGUAAUAAAGUAACUAAUAAUUAUUAUAUUUUUGUUAGAGAUUUUAUGCCAAACUGUGUAACAGAUUUUAGUCCAUUUGCUAUGCGCAUUAGACCUGGUAAAAAAAGGGAAGAAAUAUCUGGUAAAACCAGAAACCCAUCCAUGACAGGCCAUAGCUCAACAAAUUCAAUUAAUUCAAGUAGCAGGUACCAGUUGUAUCAAUUAUGAUUUAUAAAUUACAAUUUUCUGUUUUUAAUGUUAGAAAUAAAUACAUUUCUGAAUAAUAAUUUUGAAAUGUUUUUAAUGUAUACAAGAUGAUUCUUUUAUUAUUAAACAUUUAUUAUUUCUCAAAAGUAUAGACUUAAAUUGGGGUAAAAAAAUGUUUUGAUAAUUCAAGAAACAAGCAGAUCUAAAAUUUUCCACCACCAUUAUUUAUUUUCACCUUUAUUUUUGGGGAUGAAACGACUGCCAAUUUUUAAUUUUCAAAUAGUAAUCUAUAUUAAAAGUUCCAUUUAUGGAUAGAGUUUAACAAAUUAGUUUAAAUACAUUUUGGUGUUUAAAACUUAUAAUUAUGUAGCAGGCUAUAAUCAUAUUCUUUAUUUGCUCAUUAUUAUUACAAUUACAAUUGACUAUACACUUCUUUUCAUUGAAUUUUAAAAAAUUAUUAAAAUUCAAAAAUUUAAUAAAAAUAAAAAGUUGGUACAUAAAAAUUUUCAGAAGAAAAACUAUAAAAUGGCUAUCUUUAAAUUUUUCAAAAAUAAUAAAAUAAAAAAUUAUUUGUUUAAGUCUUACCAAAACAUAAAAAAUCAAUUAAUAUAUAUAUAUAUAUAUAUAUACAUAUUUAUAGUCCUUAUCACUGAAUAAUAUAGAACAAAAAACGUCCUGUGAUGAUGGGAAUGGGUGCAGCCACUCUUAUUAUAGUAAUUUACGACUCAUUGUACCCAAACUCGACCUUUCUCAUUUAGCCUCAAUAUAUUUUAGGCAUUUUAAAAUUUAAUUGGCAAUAAUUUUUAAUAAUAUAAUAUAUACAUUUAUUAUGUUUUAGUCUGUAUGUUAUUGCCAUAUUUUUAUUUGCUUACUUUUUAUAAUUGUAGACAUAAUUUAAAAAAAAAAAAAUUUUAAUGGUGAUAGAGAGUAUCAAAAUUCACUCAAUAAAAAAGUUAAAAAUUAAAUUUAUUUCUUUUCAGUGAUUAGGGUUAAAUUAAUUUUUUUUCUCCAUUUGUGUUCUGACAAAACAAUAAAAAAAAAAUGAUUAUUGACCGAAUUAUUAGCAUAUGUAUAACACUGUAGGACAUUCUGUUUAGUAAUAUUUUAUUAAAAUAUAAUAAUUGAUGCAAUAAAAAAAUGAAAUCAUAUUUUAUUUAGUAGUUGCAGUGGUGAAAGUGAUGAUGAUAUUUCCUUUUCAAAACGUAUUGAAUCUAUGAGUAUUACUUCAAAAGAAAAUUCGAUCAACUUUGAUCACAUACAAACCGAACAAAAUUACUAUGGAAUUAAUAUGGCAGUUACAAAAUCAGCAGAUAUUGCUAUUUACAAAAAGUAAAUUUGUAUUAUAUUACAUUAUUAAGCAUCAGUAUAAGUUAUAAUUUUUAUUCAUUUUUUUAUUCUAACUUUUCAGCCGUGAUUUUUGUUUUACUUUUAAUAUUUACACUUACAUUAACAGAUUAAUAGUAGUCUACCUGCUACUGUUUACUUAUUAAUAUAAUUUCUCAAAUUUUUAUUUUAAUUCUCUAAUCAUUUUAUUAUAACCUAAAAAUAAAAAACAAGAGUAGAGGGAGCGAGGAGAAACACACACUGCACUAUUAUAAUAUUAUACAAUUAAAAAUAUACACAUACUAAGAGUUUUAAAAAAAACGACUGACAUAUUUCAAACUAUGGGUAAAAUAUCCUAUUAAUAUAUAUAUAUAACCCUAAUAAUAUAAAUAAGUUAAGAAAAAUCAUUCUGAGUGAAGUUCGAUUUUGAUAAACUUAAAUUGAAAAUUCUACUAUUUUAUUACUAUUAAAUAAAUUACAAUUGUUUGUGUUUUUUCAUUUCAAAUUAUUGACCUUUUGGAUGAAACCAAAAAGGUUCUGUCCACAUAAACCUGAAAAUAGUACAUUUUUACAAUUUUAAUCACAAUUUAAACUUUAAAUGUUUAUAAUAAAAAAAACAUUAUGACAACUGAUUUUUGAUAUUUUUUUAGUGUCAUAAAUCUUAUAUCAUAUUUUCAAAUAUUUUUGAAAACCAAAAAAAUAUAAUCUACAUAAAAUUAAAUGGCUAUAAGUAAUUAAAAAAUGGUCUGCUAAAAUAACCAUUUGGUGAAAAUUUCAGUUAUAUCCAUCCAAACUUUAUAUCCAAACCCUAUAUAUUUUUAAAGUAAUUUUUGUGUGUAUAUGUGACAAUAUGAUGAUAAGAGAUGAGUUAUCUAAACUUGAAGACUUCUUUUAUGUGUACAAAUAAUUUAGGUUUCUAAGUAAGUCAUAUGAUGGUUAAGGGCCAAUGUAGCUUAAAUAAAUAGAAGAAAUGACAAGGUAGAAAUAGAAAAUAAGAUAAAUAUUUGAUUUUGUUUUGUGCUCUUAGAAUUGAUAAAUAUAAAAUACAAAUAGGUAAUAUAUAAUAUAAAUGGCGAUAAUUAUACUUUAUUAUUAUAACUUUGCAGAUAUAUACUUAUGGCAAUCAACCCAUCAAGUGUUUUAGUAGUGACACCAAAUUCACAAUCUAAAUACAACAGCUCAUUUAGUGUACCUGUACCAGAAGUUAAUUCAACAAGUAUAACUUUAUAUGAAUCAUACAUAGAGAAAGGGUUAAUAGGUGAAUCUAUUUGCAAUAACAACAUGAUUGACCAAUAUGAAAAUUAUGUUCAAUGUAGUUAAAAAUCACUAUAUAAACAGUAUUUAUGUAUGGUUUUAGUAAUCAAAUAAUUAUUUGAUUAUUUGAUUUAGCUGACAGUCGUCAGAUAAUAUGGCACAACUGCAGCGAUGUUUUUCAGUUAUUGUAUCUUUGUAUCCCAAACUCAUUUAACAGUUCAAUCGUUGCUAGAAUGGCAAAGUGCGCGAUUUGGACUAAUCAGGAUAUUAAUAAAUUAUUUUGCUACACAUAUUGCAAUAAAUAGAUAUAUUUAUAUACUUUUUGUUUUUAUUGAGGUAAAUAAUUGUAAAUCAAAUCAAAUACAGAGAACCAUUGGUUUUGCUUGGACUCUGUUAUUGUACUAAGUUAUUUGACAAUGGCUGUGCCUAAUAUUAAUAUUUGCUAUUUAGUUUUAUUAAAAAUUGUACCUAUUUUGUUAUUUGUGAUUAAUAUGUACAAAGAUUAUAUUUUAUGAAAUAAAAUAUAUAUUAUUU